AUGAAGUCUUGGAGUUUGGCAGCCAAGGCUUGCGCUGGCCUCAUCUUGGCCUCCAUGGCAUUUCUUCCUGUAUACGGGACGAUGGCCGUCAUGCGAGGAUACCCCAAGGCCCCCCUGGUCUACGUGGGGCUGCUGGGGCUGCUGGCUGCUGAAGGAGCCGGUCGCUUUCAACUAUUUCCAGUGGAAGACAACGAGGACAAGGAGGAGUGA